GGGCGGGUUGGAGCCCGUGGCGGCUGAGGGCCCUUCGCGGGGCGGGCGCGGGAGCGGCUGGGGCGGCGCGGCCCGCGUGACCCUCCGCCGCUCCCCGUGCGCUCGCGAGCCCGCGCCCCGCAGCGCCGGCCCAGCCGCAGGAUGCGCGCUCCGCCGCUGCUGUUGCUGCUGGCCGCCUGCGCGCCGCCCUCCGGCGCCGCUGUGGUCCCGACGCCGCCGGGCUGGGAGCCGGCUUCCGACGCGCCCUGGUGCCCCUACAAGGUGCUGUCCGAGGGCCCCGAGGCGGGCGGUGGGCGCCUAUGCUUUCGCAGCCCGGUUCGGGGCUUCCGCUGCCAGGCGCCGGGCUGCGUGACGCUGGUCUCGGCGGGUGGUUCUCUGCGCGCCCACGUCCUGCGCAACCGCAGCGUGUUGCUGCAGUGGCGACUGGCUCCGGCCGAGGCGCGCCGCGUGCGAGUCUUCGCGCUGAACUGCUCGUGGCGUGGCACCUACACACGCUUCCCGUGCGAUCGCGUGCUGUUGGGCGCCUCCUGCCGCGACUACCUGCUGCCCGACGUGCACGACAGCGUGCGCUACCGCUUGUGCCUGCAGCCGCUGCCGCUGCGUGCCGAGCUCUCCGCCACCCAGCCAGAGCUCGCCGAGUGCGUGGAGUUCACCGCCGAACCGGCAGCUAUGCAGGAGAUCGUGGUGGCCAUGACGGCGGUGGGCGGCUCCAUAUGUGUCAUGCUGGUGGUCAUCUGCCUGCUGGUGGCCUACAUCACCGAGAACCUCAUGCACCCGACAUUCCGGCGACCCAGUCUGCGCAGGCAGUCCUGAAGCGCGAGGCGACCCGCCCAUCUGGGUUCCACCUGCCUAAAUGUGCUGAGACCUUAGGUCCUUUCCCUGCUUCCCUCUCAUUCUCUCUCCCUCUUUACGAUGCCCAUGGAGGGCCUAAUGGAGACUAGCUCAUGCAGGGACCUUGUCAUCAUCCAUGACCUUGCCAGCCCCAGCUGGAUGUCCGCUUUCCAGACUCAGGCCUCAGACUGGCCAUGGGGCCCAGACUAGAGUGUCAGCCGCGUCCAGGGGUCUUCCCCAUCUCUAGAGGCCUUUUUGGGCCGGCCGGAAUAUACAGUCUCUCUGUCAAGAGUCACUCACUGGCACCCAGGAUCAUCAACCUGAACUUUCUUCCCGUGCCAGGUUGUCAGAGCUUGGUCGUGAUCGUUGCCUGGUCCCUUUGUGCUUUGCAGAGGGGGAGGAGUGGCCUCUGGAUCCUGUACCCACCCCACUUUACCCAAUGGGCUUAGGUUAGCUUCGUGCCUUAGUUUCUCUGCCCCACUACAGGAGCCACCCAUCAUCCCUCAGCUGCCCAUGGGGAAUUGUGGCCCUGAGACUGGCUGGCUUAUGCAUGCUUCUGGCCAGAGUCCCAUUGAGGACACACCAGCUUCGAGAUUUUCAGGAGUCUGGGGCAGGGGAUCACAGGUCCUGUUUUGUCUUCCUAUGUGGGUGUCCAAGGAGCCAAGAGCCAUGAUGUAGCUCAGCAGACUGGGCCCAACGUCCAGCUGCUGCAUCCAGGGAGGGUGGAGAGCCUGCGAUCUGCCCCCAGUGACGUUGCCCCUCCAUCUGAAUGGGCAGAGGUUGGCCGUGCCUACCUCCUGGCACACACAGGCACCUGGCUGAGGUCACCCAGCCAUCUGAUGAUACUGGGCACUGGAAAGGGUAAGGCUCUGAGCACUGGACUUGACCCUGGCUAUUUUCCCUCCACUCGCGCCCCAGCGACCACGAUGACCUGAACCCUGGCUGGCAGCACUGUACCCUACCUCUCUGUCUUUGCUCUGCCUGCUCCCCAAGAGGCACUCACUGGUCAGUUGCCAACAUCUAAAUGUCCAUCACUCUCAGACCAAAAACACUGUCUUGUGUGUUUAUUUGGGAUGUUGGAGGGAAGGUGAUGGGUGAGGGAAGGGAAGGUGGAUUCAAUUCCUCCAAGGGCCUCUCAAGCAUCAGUCGAGUGACUGGCCCUGAACCUUUCCUGGUGGAGAUGGGAUGGGGAUCAGCCCCAGGCAGUGUUCACUGAAAUGAUGACUUGACAGUACUGGCAGAAGGACAGGUAGGGUGUCCAUAGCUUGUUUGUCCACCCCCAGACCUUGGGAAAGCAUCUCUUCCUAGGACAGCCGUACUGGGCAUGGGGUGGGGGAUGGGACUGUUCGAAACAGCCUCAACAUACAGUGAUGAGCCGUUUGAACUGUGAGAAGCAGUAGUUAGGCAGCUCUAGAAGGGGGUACCCUCUCCAGCAUGGGGCUACUGCGUGAGCCACUCACUCUCCCCACCUGGAAUGUCCUUGGGACUCUUGUGCUCCUGUGACCCCAAAGAAAGCCAAAG